AUGGUAGAAAUAUCUGGGAAAACACGCACACGACAGUGCCUCAACAAUACUGUUGCGUAUAUAAGCAGGCAGUUCCCCACACUCUGUCAGAUAUCGUCUCUGCCUGCAGGCUCUCAGGGUCACAAGUAUCCCGCAUACAUCAUGUCAAACGAUCUCAAUCUUGAAGGCGCCGGCCUCGAGGCACCUUCAAAGAAAGGGGGUGUACAAGGAGUUGCGCGCAAACCCAUAUCUGUUCGGGUUGUCAACUGUAUCAAGUUCGCCUCGCUUGGGGGUUUUCUGUUCGGCUACGACCAGGGUGUUGUCAGUGGUGUGCUUACCAUGGAGAGCUUUGCUGCAACAUUUCCCAGAGUUGCGCUUGACAGUGGGUUCAAGGCCGAUAAUCUUGGGCGCAAGGGCUCAAUCCUCAUCGCCGUCAUCGUCUUUAUCGUUGGAUCUGUCCUUCAGGUUGCCACGGUCAACAUUCCUAUGGGAUUUUCAGGUGCGUUUUACGUACAUAUCAUGACGACAACGUCACUGAAACUCCCUAGGGUGAGCUAUCGCGGGCUUUGCUGUUGGCAUUUUGACUAUGAUUGCUCCUAUGUACAUGUCCGAGGUGUCAACUGUUGUCGUUAG